UUGGCACAGAGGGGAAAGUCCAUCAUCGGCCUACGUCCAAAUCCUGCUUGAAAAACUAGAAUCACAGGUCCAGCACAGGAAGAUUUAUAAAUCCCCGCCGGUCGAAAUGUUGAAUUGCUAACCAGGAAAGGCCUUAGUGAUUAAAUUUAGGAUAAUCUAGGGCUUUUUUUUGGGACCAAUCUGUGUUUGUGUGCGUGCGUGUCUGUGUGUUAGAGGAUGAGUGUGUACUUUGUGGUCCUGUGUCUGGCUUUGCUGCAGCGGGGGGGGGUAGCCAUGCCGGACCCUCCAGGCUGCAAUAACCCUGAAGCGGAGAGGGUAGCCGAAGAGGCCCUGGAGCAGAUUAACCAGGACCGGACAGAUGGAUACAUCCUGAGCCUCAACAGACUGUACGACCUCACUCACACUCAUGGAAAGGAGAUGGGCGGAUCAUUCUACAAACUGACCAUUGAUGUCAUGGAGACCAAAUGCCACAUCGCCAGCCGGAAACCAUGGAAACAAUGUGAAGUGAGGGAUAUCGGUGAUGUUCCAGUGUAUGGAGAGUGUGAGGUAUCUGCCUCUGUCGACUCUCAAGUCAAACUUCACAGCUACUCCUGUGCACUUCGUGAAGUUCCUGCCACUGCAGUGGUGGAUGUGUGUCCGGACUGUCCCACGGCUGACAACCUCAACGAGCCCGUUGUCAAGGAGACAGCCAACCUCUCACUGCGGAGGUUCAAUGAAGAGAGCCGCCUGGCCAACUACUUCACUCUGGAGAACAUUACGAGAGCCAGUUCACAGUGGGUUGUUGGUCCAUCCUACUUCGUGGAGUUCACAAUCCUGGAGACGGUGUGUUCAAAGACCACGGGUGACACUGACCUGAGCAGUUGCCCACCUAAGGACUCUCAGUUUGCUCAUCGAGGCUUCUGUUUGGGAUCACAUGUGACCCACGAUGACCAGUUUGAAAUCAGACUCCCGGUCGGAAAGAAGGACGACUCAUUUCAGAGCCGGAACUCCGUAGAUGUGAAGUGUCAGAUCUACGAACCUCUGGCUGCCGCAGUGGAGGAACAGGCUCAUGCAAAAGCAGACGGCGGGCACACGGGGCACCGGGACCACACACACGAGCACACACACUCAGUCACAUCCGGCGCACACCUCACUGUCCCGAAGCCCCGGGGAACUCUGGGGACUGUGGUGGACCAGCCUGCCCCUCUCCGAACUGCCCCGGCAUCCAGAUCCUGCCCCGGCCCAAACAAACACCGCCUGGGCUUGGGCAGCCUGAAGCUCUGAUUGGCUGAAGAAUUGAGGCAGUUGAUCUUUUGAGCUAUAUCUGCAUAUUGUAAUUACUUUAGGAGGACAAGAAAAUGUAACCUACCUAAGUCUAAUAUCGUGUGCAGAAAACAAUCUGUGGGGAGGUUUCCUGCCUUAAAUAAUAAUUGGAUAGUAAGUAGAUAAAGAUGAGCUCAGGGGAAAACAUGUUGUGAGGCAAAGAUACUCUGAAUAAAUAUCCAUAAACACGGUUAGAAAACAUUUUAAAAAUGUAAUCUAAUCCGGUGACAGGUGUCUAUAGACCCAUGGGUACAAUUCUAAACAGGAAUUUUAUGGCUAAUUCAUUCUGCUUACUUUAAAUGGUGAUUUGCAAGGGGUAAAACAUUGAUGGAAAAUAUUCUCUCAAUUUAGCUCCAAAAGCUUCAUGGGAAACAUCGAUCCAACACCGGGUCUAUUUGAUGUCUUUAUCAUGGUUUUAUUUCGGCUUUGCGUUUGACUGGAACAAGUCUCAAUCGACAGCCAACUGCUUAAUUAAGCACAUUCAUACAUAAUAAAGUUUGGUUUAAGCUCCAGUUCUGAAAGGAGAAUAAAA